AUGAUGACCUUUGCUGGUCGUUUUGGGGCUCUUGCCCCAGUGUUGCGGGUGACAAAGCAAUCCGUCAAAUGUACAGCGGCAACUGGAGCCAAGGAGUUGGUGCCUGCCACUGCUCCCGGUGGAAUCAAACUGGCCCACACAGAUAUCAAGAUCCCUGACUUCACAGAUUACCGCCGCCCUGAAGUCACAGACCCCAACAAAGCCUCUCAGGACAGUAGUGAGUCAAGGAGGGCCUUCUCCUACUUGUUAACCGGGGCCACCGCAGUUGUCAGUGUGUAUGCAGCCAAAACGGUGGUCAGACAAUUUGUCUCGUCCAUGAGCGCCUCAGCUGACGUCCUGGCCUUGUCCAAAAUUGAGAUCAAGCUGUCUGAGAUUCCAGAGGGCAAAAAUAUGACCUUCAAGUGGAGAGGGAAACCGCUGUUUGUUCGUCAUCGCACCGACAAGGAAAUUGCAGCAGAGGAGGCUGUGAAUCUCGCGGAGCUCCGUGAUCCUCAGCACGACAAGGAUCGAGUGCUCAACCCCAGCUGGGUGAUCGUCCUCGGUGUGUGCACCCACCUGGGGUGUGUGCCCAUUGCCAACGCCGGUGACUUCGGUGGCUACUAUUGUCCUUGCCAUGGAUCUCACUACGAUGCCUCGGGAAGAAUUAGAAAAGGGCCGGCUCCCCUUAACCUGGAAGUACCCUACUACGAGUUCCCGGAUGAUGACACCGUCGUGGUGGGAUAA